UUGAUGGCGAUCUCCACAGUUACGGUAAGGAUAAAAUGGCCGUUCUAUCUCUUCUUCUUGACCACCAUGAGCUACUACUACCCAUCUCAACCAUCAUACCAACCCCAGCCCGUCGUCUACACUCCCUCCCAUCGCAGCCAUACCUAUUCCCCUUCAGCUGCUUAUUACCCUACCACCUACCCCACUACCUACGGAGGCGACAGCGUCGUCUACAUUCCCUCUCACUCCAGCAGCAGGCGUCAUCGUUACGGUACAACCGUAAUGCCCACCACCGCAGGAGCCCAGGUGAUAACAGUCCCAUCGAGCAGUAGCCAUGGGCAUCGUCACCACCGUCGCCAUCAUGGCAGCAGUCACCAUCACUCCUCUCACCACCAACCCACCAUUGGCGAGCGUAUCGCUCGCUUCUUCGGUUUCGGUCGGUCGCGAUAUUACAAGACAAAAUCCCGGAAUAGUUCCUGGGGCUUCCUCGGCCGCUCGCGCCGGCGGCGGUACGUUGACGCGCGUACUGGGGCAGAGGUCGAUAAGAAAGGCCGGCCUGUCUAUAGGGUUUAAUCAACACGAUGUGAAAAGGUCGAAGACGGACGACACAGAGCUCCGAGCUAAUGGUUAGCAAGUUUUUGAAUCACUAUUGACCCUGGUCCCUUGUAUUUCCGUUUUCAAUCACUUAUCUAUGUACAAUACGGCAUAUGAUCGUCACUUUUUCUUAUCUCUGGGUUGUAAUGAAUGUAGGAUACUUUGGUGUAAUGGAUUAACCCGAUUUUUACGCGCGACUUGCAUGAGGAGUCAGUCCAUCAGAAGCCGCAUAGCAAAAAGUUUGACAGGUUCACUUCGGUUUCAUUAUUGUUCCACCUGUUAAGCCCAGUAGGUUGUAGAUAUAAGAGCUGUUAAUUCUGUCAGGUAACGGCUAUAACAAGUGAAGAG